ACUAUUUGCGUAGUCAUUUGCCUAAGCCGAGUCUCAAGACGAGACCACUGAGACUGAAAACCGGUAAAUCAGAAUCAGUAAAUCACAGUCCAACUGUACCGUAGUACAUUAAUAAUAAUAAUGAUACUUACAGAGCCUGUAUGUGCUUUACUAGAUUUUAUCUUUUUUAUUUUCUUAUAAAUUCCAACCUUGUGCCACUCCCUUUCCCAUUCUGCAAGACAUAAGCUGCUCAAAAUUGCAAGAACAUCUGCGGAAUUUCGAACAAACUGGACAGGAUAUAGAUUUACAGGCCACUUCUAAGUUUUCACAAUAAUUUAUCAGUAAUCUGACAGGUAUGAGUUUUCUAGGGACAUUACCAAAGAUCCUGAUGGGAAAAGCAUUUGUUCUGGACUUCAGACCUAUUUAUUUAUGGGUCUACUGCAGGCCUGUCCAUUUCUGUACAUCCGUAAUUAGGCAAAAAUUCUGUAGAACUACCGAAGUACUUUAAAAGUCUGACUUCCAUUUUUCUUGAUUUGACCUUGACCAUGAUUUGUUACACGAUGAAUGAUUCUCAGCUUUUUUAAGUCAUGAGAAAAAAAAUUAUGAAUAAAUUAGAAUUAGAAGGCAAGCAGCUUCACCACCAAACCAUUCAACUUGACUCAUUUUUUACCCAAGCAAAUUGACGUUUUGGAAUUAUGGUCAGUCAGUUUGUGAGAUGUUAGGUCAAUUUGGGCAACACUGAUGUUAUUUGAGUAUUAAUUUAAGUAUUUAUUUGAAAGUGUGAGUUUACUGUGGCUUAAUUAUUGUGCAAUCACAUUGAUUUCUUCCUUUCUUUACAGUACUUGACUUUAAAUAAUACCAGUCACAUAUUCAACUAAAGGAUGAGCUAAGAUGUGAUGCUAUAACUCAGAAAGGCAUCUAGAGGCAAAUUAUUGAGGCAGAGUUGAAAAGGGAGCUAGGUAGUCUUUCAAACAAACCACUUAGUUGAAAUACAAGCAAUUUUAGAAUAAAAAAUCAAAACAAUUUGUGGAAAAGGGAAAGGCAUAGACCCAGUAAGAUAAAAACUCUUGUGGAGCGUCAGCCUGAAACAAUACGACAAGGGGACACAAAAACAAGCACAAAGAAAGAGGACACAACCCAGGACAAAGAAGACACAACCCAGGGCAAAGAAGACACAACCCAGGGCAAAGAAGACACAACCUAAAAAAGAAAGCAAACAAUUCAAAUUAUACCAAGAAACCGAACACAAUUAAAGUGAAAAAAGUGUUAAACACCAAGAAAGAUGAAUGAGUCAGGAAUCUCUGAUAAUGAAUUCAGAGAAAUAUUAUCGUCCAUGUCAGGAUGGUAUGAUUGCCAUGGAUACUUCGCUAUGCUGAAGGUUUUGUAUAGAGAUCUUGUAACUGAACCUGAUAAGCUAUAUGCUGCCACCAACGUGAUUGAAUUGUUUGAAUUAUUAUGUGCCUCUGGACAUCUGAGUCCCACAGAUCCAACAGUACUGUACGAUAUUAUCAAUGUCACUAAGCCAUUUGGCUUGGAACCAGAAAUAAGUAAGUUGACAGUGAAGACAUCUUUUGAUAUCAGGACAGUCAUCACAUCAAGAUUUACAGCUAACAGGCGAAGUCUGAUGAAGGUUGUAGAGAGUCUCUCUGACAAUGAUGUGAAGAAGAUCUCAAAACUCUAUGGCUGUGAACAAAAGGCUGACAAAUGGGAAUUAUUUGUGGACUUGGAGCAUAGAGGAAUGAUAUGUGAAGAAAACAUGGAUGAGUUUAUGAGAAAUGUAACAACAUAUCUCAUUAUUGAAUCAAAUAAUGACCCUAUAGGACUGAGGAGGACUGUCAAAGGUAACAACAAGGAUUCUAUAAAAGAAUCUGCAAGAAGAUCUACAGAUAACCAAGGAGAGCUAAACUUGACUGGUAACACACUGAGUGGUGACGCAGGCACAGGUGACACGGAAGCUGGCCCAAGUACAUCUACAGCAGAUCAGUUGACAGUGGCCAGUGCUAUUGAGAAGGCAAUGCAAAUUUCUCCAGGAUUUACAGACAAUGUUUGCAUGGUAAACAAUAUGGUUCAAAGCAGUAAUGGUACUACAAUUGGAUGUCAAUUUGUCAACAGCAAUAUUACUGACUCAGUGAUAAACAUAUUUAAUAACACAAUUCAAUUACCUGCUACACAAGGUAUCUAUUUCACUUUAUUUGAAUUUAUAUGUGCUUGAUAUGAACUUAACUAU